AUGGUGGAUGGGGGCAGGAGGCCGAAGGUUUCGGUGGAUGUGCUCCGCGCGGACUUGGCCGAAGCGCGGCUAGAAGCUCGAGAGCUCGGGGAGGAGAACGUGCAGCUCAGGGACGAGCUCGCAGAGGCGCUCGCGAAGGUGCACGAUUUGGGCGCAAAAUACGGGAGCGACAUGAGCGAUUCGGUGGUGCGAAAGGCGAAAGCGCACGCCGCUGAUCAGAGGGAGCACAUCAAGCGGCUGGAGAAGGAGGUUCACAUGCUCAACUCGAAGGGGAGGAUGCUGGAGGUGCAGUGCGACAUGCUGCAGCAGCAGGAGGAGCAGCUGAGGAACUCCUUCGACAGGAUCCUGAGCUGGCUGGGGCUCCUCGGCGCGGCGGUGAGAUCAUAA